AUGGUUUAUUACAUUCGUUUCCUCAAAACCCCAAGAAUUCAGAAGCAGAAAGCGGGGUCUUUGUCUAUUCCUGCGCUUAUCUGCAUCACCACGGACUUGGGAGAUGCAUUUCUAGCUCAGGACGUGGAUUUGGUCGUAUCAUUGAGUCUCAAGGAUUCAGAAAAGGUUCUACAUCAGGAGCCUUUGAGUUGGAAAGCUGGCAAACGGGAACUUGCUAUAUUAUUAGGACCUUUCCAUCCACAGCUUUCCCAACAUGCCAUUGUUUUAAGUGUCGCUGCAGCUGAUCGUCGAAAGCACCAUCCGCCUUCUCCUGACAAUCUACUAGGAAACCCCGGUGUUCCUCUAGUGAUUUCUGGAUGGAGCGCACCUUUUGGCGGGACAGAUUCUUUGGUAGCAGAGAAACUCGUCGAAAGACGCUUUGGGCCGAAAGGUCAUCUAGACCUUAGAAUAUGGGAAGAAACCGGAAAUAGCAUUGCCCGUCAUAUCUGGUGA